AUGGACUUAGUGAAGCUGUCACUUCUAAUAGACGCAGACAACAAGUUCAUUCCUGGGAAGAGGCCGAGCCUUCUUCAGAUGAUCCAGUCCAAUGUGGAGGACGACCUUCGAAAGCUGGUGAAGGAUUCUGAAACACCAAAUACAACCGCAACUUCAAAAAAAAGUCCAUUUUGA